AAUGUUUCCAAUUAACAACGAUAAAGUGCCUGAUGAAAUUACCUGAUAACCUGAUGCAUCUCCUGAAAAAAUAGUAAAUCUAAAAAUGUUAGUAUCUCCUGAAAAAAUAGUAAAUGAAGAUGAAACUGAAGAGGAAAAAAUUGUCAGAAAUGCUAAGGUCCUUUUUUUAAUAAAUGUAAAAUAAUUUAAAAAUUUAAGUUAUUUUAUAAAGACCAUGAUUUGAAUGCCAGACUAAAUUAUGAAUUAAAUAUGGAGUAUUUAACUGAUAUUGUUAAAAAAUACAAAAUAAAAAAGAAGCAAUGAAAAAAAUUGAAUGUGAAAGAAGAAAUGUUUGUUUUAAAUAAAGUCUUAGAAAAAAUAAUAAGGAUAUCAAGCCCGUAACCAAGACUUUUUUCGAGGAGGGGGGGGGGGCAACGGGAAAAUUUUGAGAAUUUUGGAAGGCCAAACAGCCAGAUUUCUUCCGUUUUUAGCGCCUCAGGCGAAAAUUUUUAAAAUUUCGAAAGCCAUAUGCCAAAAAAUCCAAUACCCUCCCCAAACUUUUCCUUUCCCCCACCCCCUACUCGCCCGGCUACGGGCCUGAAUAAUAUGUACAUGACUUAAUUAAGAAAUGGGAGAAUGUCUUUCUUCACUUGACAAUAUUUUGCUAUUUAAAAAUAAAUAUGAAAAUUAUUUAAAAGAAAAUGAAAUUGAAAUGGAUCCCCUAGAAAAUCUUUUGAAAAAUAAAAUUGAUGAAAUUGAUGAAAUCUCGGUAUGUUUAAGAAAAUGGGAAAUCAAGGCUUAG